CAUGCUUUCCCCGCGCCGGCCGCUGUUUGCGCGCUCGUCUGCAAACAGGUGCGAGCGUCUGCUGCGCUGUUGAGUGCCGGCGGAAUGUGCCUCGCCGCGUUUCAGUGAGAAGGUAGACCUACGUGUGUGUGUGUGUGUGUAUGUGCUGUUGGUCCAUUACGAUCAUCGCUGUCAGCGCUUCACCCUCUCUCGCCGAGGCCUGUGAAGAGGAGCCGGUUAGUGUGCACCGGUUACGCGCGGCUACUGCGGGCGCGUGCAGGGGAACGUCGUCGUCGUCGACAUCACGCGGCCCUCACGGCGAUCGCAGCGGGAGCCUUUGAAAACCUCCCGCAAAGGCUGUGCGCGUUGCUCGUUCCAGAGGCGGCACGGCGCUGAUAUCGCAGCAGCACCGGGGAUUUCAGCGAUAUUGAGGACGACCAGACAUGGCGGUGGUCCUGGCGGCCUGCUGCUGCUGCCUGCUCGUGCUGCUGGCGGGUCCCGGCUCAUCGGUCGAAGUCCAAGAGUUGUCUUCAGGCCAGGGGCUUACCGCGGACCUCCAUCAGUCGUCGCCGAGCCCGGAGGCGUCCACGUUGCCAGAUAUUCUCUCAUUGGACGAAGAUUCGACUCCGGGCCAUAAGGCAGCGCCUGUCCGGGAAGCGCCUCCAAGCCCGGAGCCGUUUCCGGGCCAGGACGGGGCCACCGCUGCCGCCUUGCGCUCGGACCCGUGCGCCUCGAGCGCCGACAACUGCUCCGAGUGCCUGAGGCAUCCAGAGUGCGCCUGGUGUUCUCAGCAGAACUUCCCACGAGGUGUGGCCCGUUGCAACCCGGCCUCGGUGCUUCGGGACAGCGGUUGCAGCCAGGACGCCAUCGAGGACCCGCAGAGUCGCAUCGAGGAAAUCAGGCCCGUGGACAAGGCCGGGUCGGAUGUGCAAUUCCAGCCUGGUGAAGUUCGCCUCUCGCUGCGCCCUGGCUCGAAGCAGACGUUCACCGUUCAUUACCGCCAGGCGGAGGACUACCCGGUGGACCUGUACUACCUCAUGGACCUCACGCAUUCCAUGAAGGAGCACAAGGAGAGGGUGGCUGAGCUCGCUGACGACCUGGUGCAGAACAUGCUGAAUGUUACCAAGAACUUCCGUCUUGGUUUCGGCUCCUUCAUCGACAAGGUGGUGCUGCCGUACGUGGACACCACGCCCGCCAGGCUGCAAAACCCGUGCCACGACAGUGAGUGCGAGCCGCCCUACGGCUUCCACCACCAGCUGGCGCUCACGUCCAACAGCAGCCUCUUCACCGAGAAGGUGUCCUCUGCCGGGCUGUCCGGGAACCUGGACAAUGCGGAGGGCGGUUUCGAUGCCAUCAUGCAGGCGGUAGUGUGCAAGGAGGCGAUCGGCUGGAGCCAGAGGUCCAGAAAGAUCCUGCUGUUCGCCACGGACUCCAUCUUCCACUCCGCCGGCGACGGCCUGCUCGGAGGUGCCAUCAAGCGUAACGACGAGCAGUGCCACUUGGACGACGAGGGCUUCUACUCGGAGAGCACGGACCAGGACUACCCAUCCCUGAGCCAGAUCGUGCGCGUGGUGCAGCAGAACAAGAUCAACCUCAUCUUCGCGGUGCCCGAGAAGGCGUCCGCCGUGUACGACGCCCUCAGCUCGUUCAUCGACGGAUCCUCCGUGGGCACGCUCGCCGGCGAUUCCUCCAACAUCGUCCAGCUCGUGCGAGACCAGUACUACAAAAUUCGCUCCGAGGUGGUCCUCAAAGACAACGCUCCCGACUUCCUUAAGGUCAGCUACAAGAGCAGCUGCCUGCGUGGGUCCAGUUCCAAGGGCCUGACCAACGCAUGCGACGGCAUUCGCGUCGGCGACGAGAUCGAGUUCCAGGUGACCGUGGAGCUGGAGCGCUGUCCCAGCGAUGACGUGCAGGGCGGCCAGAGCACGGCGUUCCGCAUCUCCCCCGUCGGAGUGAACGAGUACGUGCAGGUGCGCUUGGAGCCCCUCUGCCGCUGCGCCUGCCAGGACGUCGUGGAGGCGAACAGCAGCUCGUGCAGCGGUCGCUGGCAGCGCGGUGUGCGGCGCCUGCGACUGCGAGACCAGCUUCUACGGCAAGCACUGCGAGUGCCUGGGCAGCCAGCUGGAGCAGCACACGGCGCUCUGCCGGAGGGACAACUCGAGUGCCGAGCUGUGUUCACAUCGCGGCGACUGCGUCUGUGGCGAGUGCAAGUGCUACGAUCCACCAGGCGUCCCCGGCGGCCGCGUGUUCGGCCAGUGGUGCGAGUGCGACACCUUCUCGUGCGAGCGCGACUCCGAGGGCCGCGUGUGCGGAGGGCCCGACCGGGGCGUGUGCUGCGGCGGCGAGUGCCAGUGCCGGCCCGGCUGGCAGGGCGCCGCCUGCGGGUGUCCCGUGGGCACCGAGACGUGCGUGGCGCCGCAGGACUCCGGCAGCGGCCGCCUGUGCUCGGGCCACGGGGACUGCGUGUGCGGCCGAUGCGUGUGCCACGCCGACGCCCGGGGACUCUUCGCCGGACCCUUCUGCCAGGACUGCGCGGCCUGCGUGGGUCAGUGUUCCGAGUUCCGCAGCUGCGUCCAGUGCGUCGUCUUCCAGUCCGGCGAGCUGAGCGAGGACGAGUGCCGCCACAACUGCAGCUCGCUGACCAUCGUGCCCGUGGACAGCGCCGAAGCCACGGAUCCUGAGGAGCGCAAGUGCAUCUUCAAGGACGACGACAGCUGCUCGUUCGCGUUCGUCUACUCCUACGACGAGCAGAACGAACUAGUCAUCAGGGCGCAGACCACCAAAGACUGUGGCCGCGAGGCGCUCACGUGGUACAUCGUGGGAGGCCUGGUGGGCGGCAUCGUGCUCGUCGGCCUGCUCGUCGUGUGCAUCGUGCGCUUCCUCGUCUACCUCAGGGACCGCGUCGAGUACGAGAAGUUCGAC